AUGAAUUUCCUAGCCCAGUUCGCCGAUCUGCCCACCAUCCAGACCCGGAAAGCUCUGCUUCUCCUGGACUUUCAGAACGACUUCCUGCGAUCUUCCGGCGCUCUUCAUGUUCCCAACACCGCAGACUUUAUUGAGUCGCUGCCACAAUUGGCCAGCACCUUUCGUCGCAACGGUGAUGUGGUCUGGGUGCGCUCCUACUAUGAGUCGCGCCGCCCCCCCGUCGGGUCCGAUGCGCAGGAACUAGUCAUCCUCGGUCGCAGCCGCGACACCACUCAAGCGUCCGACUCCCACGGUUCCGUUGAUGAAGAAGCCUUUCUGUCCACCGACCAGCCGCAGUGUUGUCGACCACAGUCCCCGGGGUUCCAGUUUCCCGCCCCCAUUCUGACUGCAAUCGACAGCGAAGCCGACACGGUCAUCGAUAAAUCCGACUACUCGGCCCUGCAGAACCAAAGUCUUAUACUCUCUUUUCGCACUCGCUUCGUUACCGAAAUCUACCUCUGCGGUUCUCUCUCUAAUAUUUCCGUCUAUGCAACAGCUCUUGAUGCCGUCCGCCACGGUUUCUCCGUCACGCUCAUCGAGGAUUGUCUUGGCUACCGCACUUUCCCCCGUCAUGAAGAAGCCAUGCGUCGCAUGGCGGACAUCUUCGGCGCCAGUGGCAUCACCACCCAGGAGCUCUACGAGGAAUUAGACUGGCAAGAGACGGAUGCCAUUGCGCGUGAAGGCGGCUUAAACGUCCCUCGCUCCUCCGUCACCCCAGCCGGCAUCGAAGGAGACAUGGACGAACUAGACUUCAAGAGAACCCGGAGAUCCAAUCCCCGGAGGGAGAAACCCGAUCGACCGGAAAGCCGAGGUACGCGCCGUACGCUGGACACCCUCCUAUCGACUUACUCUGAUGAUGAAGACGGCGAUUUGCUGGAAUUGGCCCAGCUGACGCGGGCGCGCGCACGCCACACGAGGGGAUCCCCCGGCCCGGCAGAAGGCCCGGCCGAAAGUAAGUUGCGCGUAAGAGUGCGCCGCUCGAAACGCCCUGAUCAAAAGCCCGAAUCGUCCUCUCGCUCUAGCCACCGGCGCAGCGGCAAACCAAAGCAGCCCCAGGACAUUUGCAAACCCGGUGAUAAAAUCGGGGAAGGCGACUCGCGCAUUGUCUAUGACCUUGACCUUCCGUCGGAUGCGUUCGAAGAGAUUCGCAAAGAGGUCGCUUGGCAAAAGAUGUAUCAUAUGUCUGGGGAAGUACCCCGCCUCGUUGCCGUGCAGGGAGAAGUCUCGCCCGAUGGUUCCAUCCCGAUAUAUCGACAUCCAGCUGACGAAUCACCGCCUCUGCAACCAUUCACCACCACCGUUAACCGGAUCCGUCACAUUGUACAGACCAUCCUUCGACACCCGUUGAAUCACGUCCUUAUCCAGCUAUACCGGGAUGGGGAAGACCGUAUUUCGGAGCAUUCAGACAAGACUCUAGAUAUCGUCCGCGGUUCGUCGAUCUGCAAUGUCAGCCUGGGUGCCCAGCGCGUGAUGACAAUCCGAACAAAGGGGAAAGAAUCUGAGGAUGGUGACGCCAAUCGUUUAACCCAGCGGAUUCCCAUGCCCCACGAGUCCAUGUUUGUCCUAGGUGAGAAGACCAACAUGCGGUGGUUACAUGGCAUUCGACCAGAUAAGCGAGCGGCGUCGGAAAAGACCGUCGAGGAACGUGCGUAUAAUGGGGAGCGAAUUUCUCUUACCUUCCGGCAUAUUGGAACUUUCUUAGAUCCUACCGGAAGCACCAUUUGGGGCCAGGGAGCGGUCUCCAAGCAGCAGGACAAGGCCAACCCAGUGCUCCAUGGUGAUCCCACAGAAACGGAACGGAUGGUCCGUGCCUUUGGUGAGGAGAAUCGGUCGAGUGACUUCGACUGGGAAGCAGUUUAUGGCGGAGGGUUUGAUGUGGUCAAUUUUGUCACCGCGAUGACCAUCAAGCUUGUCCUCGGCCCUGAUCCUGUGGCUAACCUACGGGUCCUCUUGAGCCUGGCCGAGAAUGGCCUUCGAUAUGAGAUCACCCCUCCAGAGGCCGAGAAAACCGGCCGCAAGUCAAGCGGCGAAUUGCCAUUGUAUAUCGAACCAAACGGCACUGAAGUCGCCGGCGAUAUCAACAUCCUGAACCAUCUGGUGCAACACUUCCCCGUGGCGCACCGACCUGGUGCACCCCCGCUGCAAGGCGGCGACAGGAUCGCCGCAACCGACGAGCUUCGGCAGGAAUGGCGAGAGCACCAAGAACGACGCGACCGGGGCGUACCGGAUGCUUUUGAUACAUGGGAAGAUGCCCUAGAAGAGCAGUAUUAUCUGGGCGGGGCGGCCCUGAAUAUCGACGAUUGCGCUCUUUGGCCCGUUUUGAGAGAGAUUGUACAGGAUGGUGGGCCCCUAUCAGGAAAGAUAUACCCUAAUUUGGCUCAGUAUUACCAGCGUGUGCUGAACCGAGUGAUUGUGAAGAAGACGCUAGAAGAAAUAAUGGGAUGA